GCCAUGGUCACACUGGAGCGUUGCUUUUAAUUUGUUUGUAUCGGCGUCGGUUGGAUUGGAAUCAAGUUGUUUGUCGUAACGAAAUUGCUGUCAAAUUAAUUGUUGUGGUGCUAAAAUUAAAACAUUACCAAGAGAUCGUGCAACACGUCGAAGGAAAUCCAACCAAUGUUAAGCAAAAUGGCUAGCAACACAAGUGGUGGAGGAGGAGGUGGCUCUGGUGGCAGUGGACGUCGUAUACCACUCUCACUGAGCGGUGGAAGCACUGUGUCACGCUUGCAGCAGUCAUCCGGCAGCAAUGGCCGCUCAAAUAGUCCCCAGAAUGGCAACAAAAAAAUCACUGAAUCCUUCGUAGCGUUGAAAAAGCCAACCCAGCAGAGAAGCUCGUCCACCAGCUCCUCCUCGUCGAGCGGAUCCAACCAGAAUGGCGUCGGCAAGCCCACAAACGGAAAGGAAAAAACACAAAACGGAAGCUCCAAGGAUCAAAAAGAACAGAAACCUAAAGAUAAGGUCCCUGAAAAGAAGGAAAAGGAGGUGGAGGCCGAGAAAAAGGAUAAGGAGGUUGUAUUCGAAAAGAGGGAUAAGGAGGUUGAAGCCGAACAGAAGAUAACAGAGUUGGUGGUUGAAAAGAAUGAUAACGAAGUGCUAGCCGAAAGGAAGGACAACGAAGUGGCCACCAGUCCCGACAAGAAGGAAUGCCAAGGAGAGGCCAAAAAGGAGGCUGCCGCUGAAGUUACCACAUCGGCUCUAGACGUUGUGGUAAUCGAAGAUGAGGUAGAGGUGAUUCCUGAGCUCAGCACUCCUUCGAAGGAUCGCAGAUCUACACGCAAGUCGGGGAGCCUACAAAAGUCUCCCAUUAGUAAGCCGAGUCCCGUUUCGCCAGCCCAGCAGAAUCAACCUGAAACAGCUGCAACCUCGGUUGCUGGCUCCUUGACUCCACAGGAAGAUGUGGACAUGGAACCGCUACAAGUGGAUGCCUCACCUAUACGCAGCGUUAUUGGUAACCUUAAUGCUCUGCCGACGGCCACGUCGACACCAGGACGCAAUCUCUUUGGUUUCCGCAGCAGCAGCAAGCAGAGCACAGAGGUGGAGCUGGCUGCCCAGCCCUCCAGUUCGCCGGCAGGAACUCCGGCCCGCACUUUUGCCCAGAUCAGCGGCAGGCGAAGCAUACGGCCCAUUGACUCACUGACGCCCUCGAAAGUGGGCACGUACAGGUGCGGCAACAGCGACCUGGACACCUCGAACUGCACGAACGCCAGCAUGAAUGCCACCGUGGGAUCGGAGAUUCCCAAUAGCUCGUCCUUUUCAUUCUCGUUCUUUGGCCGUGGUCGCAAGCGUGAGCGCACACCCCCGCCACUUUCUGCAUCACAGUCGACCAAUGACCUUGGCCAAGAUGUGGAAAUGUCGCCGCCAAAGCGUGCCCGCUUCGACUUGUUCAGCUUGAACCUGGCCUCGCCCUUUAGCCUGCUGCGCUCGAGAUUCUCCAAGACGACUAUCAGUUCUCCGACCCGGCUGUGUCUGGAGCCAAACGUUUCCGGCGUGGAGGAGCAACAAGCAAACACUUCUUCGAUCAGCGUGCCAGAAGAGAUUGAGGUGGAGGAGGAGCAGCCCAGCAAAAAUGUUACCGUGGGCCAGGAGGCCGGUCUGGAGACGCCGAAGAAGGGCGGCUCGCCCAUUAAGGAUAUACCCGCCGAGAAGCAAGUCGUGGACCAGGAUGUCGAUGGCCAGGAGGCCGAUGAGAAGUCCAGCGAUGGGGAGAACAUUCCCCCCGUUGUUGAGGUGGCCGAGGUGGCUGGAAUCGAGGCCCGAUCCCGCUGCUCAAUUAUGUAAUAAGACACAAGAAACCCUUCCCCUAGUUCAUAGGUCUAUGUCUUAGAAUAUCCCGUUCGCCCUCUUUUUGGUAAUUUGUGUUCAGACGUAAAGUGACAUGUUAAGAGAGAGCUUCCGCCACAUACUUUGAUAGCCCGGCUUGAACAGGUAUUUCCUCAAUCGAAGGAAACCUAGACCAGGUCUGAGUUUUAACCAAUCUUGAACGGAUUCCUUGCUGGUUGGCUACUCUCUGGGAAUUCCCAAGUCAGAGGCAAUCACUGACGAAUCAGAUGAUCGGUACCCAGGCAAAGUGGGUACUGAAACCAAACAAAAACAAUAUAUGUAGCCGUAUCUGUAUAAGAACCGUAAAAAUGUUUUAUAUGCAAACACAUUUGUGAAAGUCUCGUCUUUUCGCCAAUAAAAUACUUUCUUUUAAUUAUCCAAAAGAA